AUGGAGUCAGCAGAGGCAUUCGGUUCAACCAAUUUCGCCGACUGGUUCUCGCCGCUCGAUGGCGUCGUGACUCAUCAAGAUGUAAUUUCCCGCCUGCAAGCUCCGAUACCUGACCUUUCAACGCUGCUUCGCCUCCUCGCGUCGCCUCUCGGUUGUAUCGGGCUCCUACCUCCGCGCUACAGGAAAUACGAUCCGAACCGUUGUCAAAGAACAGCUUCAAUAUAUGCGGCAUCAUAUCAUCCUACCUGGGAUGCCGCUCUGGUCGAGGAAGACAGCUAUGAUCUGGUGGAACAGUACUUCUGUCCGGAUUCAAUGUCAUUCGCAUCCGAUACUGCAGGCCAGCUGGCCUUGCUUGCGUACUCCACGAACUCUCCGAUCCGCCUCCUCGUGAAGCUGUGUCGUGCGUAUCCAAUCGACGUCUUACAUUCUGUCGUCUUCUCUGGCAAAGGAAAGCUCAGGGAGGUGACCUGGGAAGAUUGCGUACGCAAUAUUGCAGCCUUGCCUGUGAAGGUCGCCAAUGCUCUCGGAGACAGAGGCAGCAUACCUGCAGAACUGCAAUUCAAUGUUUACUUCAACAAUGUGAGUCUACGGUGUGAACGCCUCAUCUACACGCUCUCCAGCAACUCUUCCCGAGGUGAUACAUCCUCCAUCAACUAUCUCCUGACGAAACUCGUGAACGUCGGCGUCUUCACCACCUCGAAGACUGCCUUGUCACAACCAAAUGUUGUCUGCUUCUCGUCAUCGUUGACAUUGCAUUCCGUGCUGACGGCACUCUUCUCGUCGUUGUCGGACGUCCCUGAUCGACUUGAUACUCGGCAAGGCACUCGCGCCUCGGUGAAGCGGGAGGCCGUUCUGCUCAGAGAGCUGCUGGGAAGGCCUACCAAAGACAAUCUAGAGAUCCUGGAUGCUGUCAGCGCAAUCAUUCUUAGCAGAGAUUGGAACGAAGGUGAUGCUCGCAUCUUCGCAUGUUGGUUCUGUGGUGCGAAAAAGGGCCGAGCGGACACGGAAGUGCUGGAUGUGGUACUGUGGAAAGUGGUCGACCUGUGGACUGAUGUGGAUUACAUCAAACACUCGUUACUGUCUCGACACCGUUACGUCACCGCACUCCUCUUGCUAAUCCUGGCCUCCUUCCGUUCCGAUGCUGGUGGCAGCGCACCGUUCCAGACACUCGUGUUUCACCCUCCAUUCAUAACAGGCAUAUCUAUUUACAUCGCGCACCUCGACCCCACGGUGCGCCGCUGCGGCAUGCUCGUCGCGGAGGAGGUCGCUCAUGGCGCAGGCAGGAAGCUCGACUUCGACGAUUGGACAGGCGAGGAUCAUGGUAAAGACUGGUGUCGGCAAAUUAGAGCCCUGCUACAGGAACGCGACGCGGACGCUGACGUCGACCGCAUGCCCGCCGCCGAGGACCACGACGUUGGUGAGAACGCUCGCACCCACGGACCAAAUACGGCCGAGCAGGCUCCGCCGUCGGGCGCCGCAUCAGGCAAAGUUGUCAUCCAGGAUGUCGGCUACGACUCGGACGACUCUCUCACCGGGUACGCGUCCCCGGCGCCAUCUUCCCGCUCUGCAUCGCCGACGCCAUCGGAGCUCGCAGAGAUCGAGAGGGACCCGUCGUUGAAUGUGGGAAAGACAAAGGUGGCGCGGCCGAUGUACCUGGCGCAGUUGGGAGAGAUGGUUCGCAGCGCAUCUGGGCUGCGUUCUGAACAAGAAAAUAUGGAGGCGCAAAAGAUCGAAGUCGCUCUGAAUGUCGCGGAAGAAUUGAUCCGCCGCAAGAGAUCGUAUGGGACUGAACUCGAGGAGAAUGCUGUCAACCUUGCUUAUGGUUUCCUCGGUCUGAAAGACAACUACGAUCUCCAUGGUUUCGACGAAAAACGACAAGGUGCCCUGAAUGCCCUGGUGGCGUGCUGCCCUCGCAAGGCUGCGCCAGCCUUGAUCGAGCAAUUCUUUCACAACCAGUACUCUACAAGUCAGCGUUUCGUGAUUCUCAACGCUCUCGCCACAGGGGCAGCAGAACUCGCGUCAUUACCUCUCCCAUCACCUUCAGUAACUCCCGACCCCAAACGUAUUUCAUUUCCCAGCAAACAGCUCCCACCUGCGUUGCACAAGAAGUACCUCACUGCCGCCGAUCGACACAAUGCAAACGACCCAAUACGGCUCCUCGUGGACGAUAUCAGUCGCAAGGCGAUUGACAGCGGCAAAGAGGCCACCGCCGAUAGGGUGCCUGGGAUCGUCCGUGAGCGACACUUACGUGUACGAAAGCCGGCCAAAGUCGCGGAGGUGCCUCCGGGCACUCCAGCAACAAAACACCUCCACGAACUGGCAGGCCACCCCAAAGAUAUGACGUUCACAGAGGUCGCGGCGGAAAUUUUCAUAUGCCCGUUGAUCAAUCGCUUCUGGCUGUUCUUGCGCGACCAGCAGACGCGGGAAGAGAGGACUGUGCAUCAACCGGCGCUCCAUCGCUACCGCGGAGCAGGGACGGGCCUCAUUCUCAACGCUAUGGUGCUCUCACGUUUCUUGGGCGCACUUGCGGUUCUGGUACACGCGGCGAGAAACGCCCCGGAGUGGUUGGCAGUCGUCGCGCCCGAUGCGCUCGAAUUGGCUGUCACGCUUGGGACCAGGCCUGUCUCUGCCAUGGAAGGUGAGGACGAAGACGAAGACGACGCUCAGGGUCAGAACGGGGAACCGCGGAGAGGGAGAGGCAAAGAGGCAGCUGUCAUGAGCUCCGCUCUCGAAGUCGCCCUGAUUGUCCUGAACGGCUGCUUGGACCUGGAUGGUGGGCGUUCUUUGGGGCUGGAUCACACUGCCUUGUUGCUUGGCACAGGGGAGUGGGCAAAGGAGGUCUUCUCAAGACUAGAUCAAGGGGAGAGGAUGCUCGGAGAAGGUGGAGAGCAGGAAUUUAGGCUCAGAAGGGUCGCAGCGGGCCUGGUUCUUAAAGUAGAAGAGCUAUCUUCCCGCUGGAGAAGGUCAAUGGUUGACGUCGGGUUAACAUUGUAA